GUGUCGAGAGAGACAGGUUCGGCGUUGGCCGACGGCCUAGACAGGCUGGAUUUGAGUCAACUGUCUGAAUCAACGCCCUCGUCGUCGACGGCAGAUUCGUUCGAUAUGUCCUCGUCGGAAGGUGCGCCGGAGUCAUGGAUCUCCUCGUUCUGCGGCAUGAUGGGCCACGAGUUCUUUGCCGAGGUGUCGGAGGAUUUCAUCGAGGAUGACUUCAACCUGACGGGAUUGCAGUCGCAGGUCCCCAUGUACAAGGAGGCCCUGGAGAUGAUCCUGGACGUAGAGCCGGAGGAGGAGGACGAGGACGAAGAGGAAGAGGAGGAAGAGGAGGACGAGGACGAGAUCCUGGGCGACGACAGGCCGGCGUUCCGCAGGGCCGGCGAACGGCGACACGCACGGGUGGCGAGCGAUUUGAGCGUAAUCGAGAGCUCGGCGGAGUUGCUCUACGGGCUGAUCCACCAGCGGUACAUCACGUCGCGGCCGGGGAUCCAGCAGAUGCUGGAGAAGCUAGAGAUGGGACAUUUCGGCAGCUGCCCUCGCGUCUACUGCAACGGGAGCCGGCCCGUGCCUGUAGGAUUGUCCGACACCCCCGGCCAGCAGACCGUGAAGCUUUACUGCCCGAGUUGCCAGGAUAUCUACACGCCCCCGAACAGUCGGUUCCAUUCGGUGGACGGGGCCUUCUUCGGGACUACGUUCGGGUGUCUGUUCUUCAUGACCUUCCCAGACCUGGAUGUCGCGCCUCGCCCUGUGGAUAACCCAUUGUCUCCCGUGCGCGCUUCUCCGGCGGGCACCCCGCGGGAGCCUCAACCGACGGAGAUCAACGGGGUGCGGACGGCCAGUUUUGCAGCGGGGCUUGGACCCGGCCGGGUCUACGAGCCGAAGAUCUAUGGCUUCAAGGUUUCCGAUCGGUCCCGGUCCGGUCCGCGCAUGAAGUGGCUGCGGAUGAAGCCGGUGGAGAUUCGCGAACUGGACGAGAUGACUCGAUAUGAAUCGCAGCAUCCGCUCGCCGACCGGGAAGGUGACAUGGACAUGGGAGCUGGCGCUGCGCAGAAUGCGGCGAUCGCCCGACGGAAGAAGGCACCCAUGCGACGACGACGCUAUAACACGAACCCGGGCAUGAACGGAGGAGAGGGGCUGUAGAGUCACUACUAUCAUCACUAUUUCUUUUUCUUUUUCUUUACGUUUCUUCUCUGUCCUCUUUUCUCUUUUCUCUUUUCUUUUCUUGUUUAUUUCUUUUCGUUGAUAUGAGGUAAUGGCCUGUUCAUAUAGAGAGGGAAGACAUUCCCCACAAGAGACAUGUUCCUCGAAGGGGUA